UUCAUCGAGCUUCCAAUGGCAGGUGACGAACAGACGUACACACCUGAUUUAGACCUCAGUUAUGAGGUGCCCGCUGUCCUAAGUGAGGCUGAUGAGAGCUGGGAAGGCGAGAGGAGGCGCAGACAAAGGAAAAGAAGAGCAAAGGGGAGAGGGACAAGAGUAGAGCGUGCAGGUCUGGGUCCAGGAGACAAAGAGCAGAGAGAAAGAGAGAAUUUAGAGGGAGGAGAUGGACCAGGUGGAAGAGGCCAGAGAGCUGGAAGAGAGAGUGCAGAUGUUUCAGGUGGAAAAGGAGAGAGUGUGGGCCCUGCACCAGGUGACAGAGGCCAGAGAGGUGGAAGAGGCCAGAGGGGUGGAAGAGGCCAGAGAGGUGGAAGAGGUCAGAGAGGUGGAAGAGGAGAUAAUGCAGGUCCAAGUACUGGAGUUGGCAGCAGAGGAAGGAAAGGAGGCAGAGAUGCAGAGGAAGAGAACAGAGUUCAGAUGAUCCAAAUUGACCGAAGGGUCCGGACAGAGGCACUCAUUCAGGGCAUGAGUGAAGUGAGGCUACGAGCACUAGCAACCCAGGUCUUCUCCCGGAAUCCUGGAUUAGUUUUUGAUGCACUUCCUCAAUUGGACAGCACAACCCCACCUAACGCUGCUCUUCCAUGGUGCACCUGUGGGAACUGCAGGGAAAUGGCCACAGACGCUGAAAGGAAAUGCUGUGGCCAGGGGCCUGACUACUGCAUCAGCAAAUUGGCACAUUUUGAUCUGUAUUGUCUGGAAGAUGGUUAUUUGCGUAUUCACAGAGAUUACAGAAAUGAUAUGUUGGUGGUAGCUGAAGUUAUAGAGCCAGGAGAUGAUAACAGACAAUUUAGGUAUGCUGCUUAUCGUCAAUACAUCUUUUGGCAGCAUGGGUCACUGGGUCUGGGUAACCGUCGUGUUAUUCCCAGCUGCUGUAUAUGGAAAAUAAGGGACAAAUACCCUGACCCCCAAGGCCAGUACACUGGCUUUGUACCCACCAUUUGAUACCAUUCUAACGUGAACAGUUAAAUUCAAGUUAUUUAUUGUUGUAUAUAUAGUUUUAC